AUGAGACUUUUAUUUGCCUUGUUUCCCCUUGUCUUCGCUGGCCGAUAUUGCCCGCCUGGUUCUUUUGAUGUACCCCAACAAAAUGAGUGUCUACACACGGAGGUUUCUCCUCAACCGUUCACCGUGGCGAAUCUCAUCUGCAGUUACAUUGGCGGAUCACUCGUUAAAGUCACGAACGCUUUCGUAAACAAUUUGGUGGCUGGACAAGCGCUUUCACAGUUGCAAGGACAAAAAGCCUAUAUUGGUGUGGUGAAAGCUGGAAAUAACAAUUGGACUUAUGUGGAUGGAACACAGUUGACAUAUGUGAAUUGGAUGGCCGGCCAGCCAAACCAGGAGAAUGGCUCAUGCGCUGCGAUGGACCCGGUCUCUUUGCAAUGGACGACAAUCAGUUGUCAACAGAGCUUGGGAUAUUUCUGUACAAUCCCCGAUCUUUCCACCCCUUGCCCCAACGGAUGGACCUACUUCUACGACACCGACUCUUGCUACUUGAUUCAUGUAAGAAUUAUUCAAACCGACAACGCCAAUUCGAACCGAUGCGAUGCUAGCGAAGUCGUCUUUGGUCUACAGUGCACAAAUGCGGCUUUCAGUUGGACCGACGGAACUCCGGUCGAUUACAAGAACAGUGAGACGAAACUCUGCUCAACACAGAACUACGUUUACGGGAUGAUCAACGACCCAAAUUGUAACACGACUCAAUAUCAACAUUGGGAUGAAUGGCAAACAAAUCAACCCUUCUCAAGAUACGCUUGCAAAAUGGCAGCUCAU